AUGCGUUUGGACGUCAAGGCAUCGGUAGGAAUUGCACUUUCCCUCGAUAUAUACACCACUGAAACCCACCAAAGACUUUCACCCGACCGAGCCAUGGAUCCUCACGACCUUGUACAGCGAGCGCUGACCCAAGCAGGACACGUCCACAUCUGGUCAUACAUAACGCAGUCUAUUGUUAAGACGUUCGAACUCACCGACGUACCCGUCCGUGCCGGUCGCUUCAUCGCCAGGAAGAACUGGAUAGUAGCAGGCUCCGAUGACUUUCACCUACGCGUCUACAACUACAACACCUCGGAGAAGGUCACAUCUUUCGAGGCGCAUCCCGACUACAUUCGCGCCAUCGCUGUACAUCCGACACAACCCUUCGUAUUGACAGCCAGUGAUGACAUGACAAUUAAGCUGUGGGAUUGGGACAAGUCAUGGAAGUGCGUACAAGAGUUCGCAGGUCAUCAACACUAUGUCAUGGGCAUUGCGAUAAACCCAAAAGACCCAAACACAUUCGCAUCCGCCUGUCUCGAUAGGACCGUAAAGAUCUGGUCGCUCGGCAGCUCAACGCCCAACUACACCCUCGAGGCGCACGAGGCCAAGGGUGUCAACUUUAUCGAUUACUACCCCCAGUCGGACAAGCCGUACCUCCUCACCACGUCCGACGAUCGCACAGUCAAGGUCUGGGACUACACUACAAAAGCGCUGAUUGCAACACUUGAAGGCCACACUUCUAACGUCAGUUUCGCCGUAUACCACCCUGAGCUUCCCGUCAUCAUUUCUGGAUCAGAAGAUGGCACCAUCAAGAUCUGGCACUCGUCGACGUACCGGUUAGAGCAGUCGUUGAACUACGGCUUGGAGCGCGCAUGGUGCGUGGCAUAUCAAAAGGGAAAGAACGGAGUCGCGCUUGGAUUUGACGAUGGUGCUGUCGUCAUCACCAUGGGUCGCGAAGAGCCGGCUGUCAGUAUGGAUGGUAGUGGAAAGCUAUUAUGGGCCAAGAACAAUGAUAUUCUCACUUCGGUCAUCAAGGGCAGCGACCAGCUCAAGGAUGGCGAACGGCUCACACUUCCCAGCAAGGACCUGGGCUCGACUGAACUCUACCCACAGUCCCUUCUUCACUCGCCAAACGGACGUUUCGUGGCGGUAUGCGGCGAUGGAGAGUACAUCAUUUACACUGCGCUUGCUCUCCGUAACCAGGCUUUCGGUUCCGCCAUGGACUUUUGCUGGGCCUCGAAAGAGCACGACAAGGACUACGCCAUCCGGGAAUCAUCCACUAGCGUUAAGAUUUUUCGCAACUUCAAGGAGCGGAGUGUGCUGAACGUUGGCUUUUCUGCUGAUGGCCUAAGCGGCGGUGUUCUUCUCGGUGUAAAGGGUCAGGGUGGUAUUGGUCUGUUCGACUGGGACUCUGGUGCUCUAGUCCGAAGGAUAGAGGUUGAACCCAAGAGUGUGUACUGGUCCGAGAGCGGCGAGCUCGUUACCUUGGCCACAGAAGACACAUUCUACGUACUACGCUAUUCAAGAGAGAACUACCUUGAGGCUGUGCAGAACGGAGAGGUUGAUGAGGAUGGCGCCGAAUCUGCUUUUGAGGUAGUAUGCGACAUUAAUGAGAGUGUUCGCACUGGUACCUGGGUUGGAGACUGCUUCAUCUACACAAACAGCACGAACCGACUAAACUACCUUGUGGGAGACCAGACAUACACCAUCUCACAUUUCGACUCACCACACUACGUUCUUGGAUACCUCCCCCGCGACUCCAGGAUCUACAUUGCCGACAAGGAUGUCAAUGUUGUUUCAUUUGCCUUGUCUCUGGCCGUGGUUGAGUACCAAACACUCAUUCUACGUGGCGAUUUGGAGGCCGCCGAGGAAACUCUUCCAUCGGUGCCCAAGGACCAGAACAACAAGAUUGCCCGCUUCCUUGAAGGUCAAGGCUACAAGGAGAUGGCUCUCAAGGUUGCCACUGAUCCAGAACACCGUUUCGACCUCGCUCUGUCUCUAGGCGAUCUUCAACAAGCCGUAUCCAUUACUCGCGAGCAGGACACGGAGCACAAGUGGAAGACAGUCGGAGACGCAGCACUCACAAACUGGGACGUCAAGCUUGCCCAAGAAUGCUUCGUCAAAGCCAAGGAUCUUGGUUCCCUCUUGCUUCUCUACUCGGCCACAUCUGACACAGCCGGUCUACGCGAACUCGCCGACCUCGCCGAAACCUCAGCCGCAAACAACGUCGCCUUCUCUGCGCUCUGGCAAAUCGGCGACGUCCAAGCCUGCAUCGACCUCCUGGUCAAAACCAACCGCCUUGCUGAAGCUGUCCUCUUCUCCCAAACUUACAAGCCCAGCGCUACCGCUGGCCUCGUCAAGCAGUGGAAAGAGGCCCUCGAGAAGGAGAGCAAGACUAAAGUCGCUAGACUCCUUGGAACUCCGCCACAUGGCGAGGACGAGGGCGACGCGGAAAUGUUCCCAGAGUGGGACGAGUAUCUACGGUUGGAGAAGGAGGGCGGAACUGUGGAGGAUCUUUUGGUGCAGGAGGAUGAUGAGGCGGAGGCGGAGGAUGCGGAUGAGGAGAUUGCGGCAGAUGAGGAAGAGGAGGACGAGGAUGAGGAGGAUGAAGAUGAGGAGGAAGAGAGUGAGGAGGAGAAGUAG